AUGACUGGCGGCGGCAAGUCCGGCGGCAAGGCGAGCAGCGGCAAGAACGCGCAAUCUCGUUCUUCCAAGGCUGGUUUGGCUUUCCCCGUCGGCCGUGUUCACCGUCUUCUCCGCAAGGGCAACUACGCUCAGCGUGUCGGUGCCGGUGCUCCCGUCUACCUCGCCGCUGUUCUUGAGUACCUCGCUGCCGAAAUCCUCGAGUUGGCUGGCAACGCCGCUCGUGACAACAAGAAGACCCGUAUCAUCCCCCGUCAUCUCCAGCUCGCCAUCCGCAACGAUGAGGAGUUGAACAAGCUCCUUGGGCACGUCACCAUUGCCCAGGGUGGUGUCCUUCCCAACAUUCACCAGAACCUUCUUCCCAAGAAGACUGGCACCAAGCCCGGCAAGAACGCCUCGCAAGAGUUGUAA